UUUUUGAAAGUUGGAUGAAUGCGUUUAUUGUGAAUUGGCAUUGGCUAUCGGUGGCAGCCCUAACAAGUGCCUCGUUUGGAUAUUUAUCUGCAACAACCAAAUUGCUUUAUAUGGGAGUUAGACGCUACAAGACAGCUAAAGAUAUACCAAAUUCAAUGUUUCAAAGAGGAAGCAAAAUAAAAGGGGUUGUAGUCAGCGUUGGUGACGGUGAUAACAUAAGAAUAUUUCAUAGACCUUUUUUAUUCCGAUUUUUCGGGAUAGGGCGUCAUCCAGUAUUGAAGAAACGUUUAAGUGAAGAAACUAUUAGCGUUCGUCUUGCUGGGGUUGAUGCACCAGAAUGUGCCCAUUUUGGAGCGCCUGGACAGGAAGGAGGAGAGCAAGCAAAGAAGUGGCUUCGAAACUAUUUGAAGGACCGUGCUGUAACGGUACAACUUCAUAGUUUGGACCAGUAUUCCCGAGCAGUUUGCACUGUUCAUGUGAGAAAGGGAAUUUUAAGGCUGAAGAAAAAUGUAUCAUAUGAGUUGGUUAAAGUUGGUCACGCAGUCGUGUAUCGGGGUUUUGGAGCUGAAUAUAAUGGAAUAUUGAGAAAGCUAGAGAAUGCUGAAACUGAGGCUCGCAAACGAAAGAGAGGUAUGUGGAGUGUUAGAAACAAGCCUGUUAUAUCGCCACAAGAGUACAAAAGAGCCUUGAAAGAAGGCAAAGGUCCAGAAAGUUUAACAGAGAAAGACUUCUUUUCUCGAAAACCUGAAAGUUUAUUUUCUUUUCUCUUCGGUUCAGACAAGUCUUAGUUUUUUGAAACGUUGAUUAGUUUGCCAAUGAUAUUAUAUAGUAAUGAAGUCGGCUUCUGUUGUAGAGAUAUUGAAACCACUUUUUAACCUUUCCAACUAAACGAAUUCGUUUAAACUUACUUCAAUAAAGUUAAACUUUUUCAA